CACCUUGCUCAAAAAUGCUGUCUGACAUACUGGAGAAAGUGGCUGAAAAAGUCUACACAUACAAAGCAUACCCUACAGAUGCUGACUUCAGCGAUGUUGCUGAGGCACUGACAAGGAAACACCCCUGCCUGAGAGAACCAGGGUCUUUCAAUGAGAGCUAUGGAUGGAAACAAAGGCUCAAGGUAAAAAUGUCCAACUACCGGACUCUACUUGGGCACAUGGAACAGCUGCAGAGCUCAAUGUGAAUUCUUUGAAAUCCAAGUCUCCAGGGGAGGCCUACCCAGCAAAGAAUUUGAAGAGACCUAGACGGGCUGAGGUCAACCAUUUUCCACCCUUGCCAAGUGGUGAGACUCCAGAAAGCCUUGAACAAGAGAGGAUUUCCCUUCUGGCAGAACUACAGCAAAGAAACAACAGACAAGCAAUAAAAGAAAAGAUGGCAAAGACGUUUGGAUACCGGAGACAAGAAAUUGUGCAUAAGAAGCCGAGCAUUGAAGACGUCUUUGAGAGAUGGCCUGCACUUUUUCAGAUGGAAGAGAUCAAUGCAGAGUUCAUACGAAUCACUACAGUUCCCUUGGAGACAAAGUUCUUGGCGCAGUUGGAAAAGCACUCCACCAAACUGUUGGAGGUCAUCAGUAGCAAGGGAGGAGUUGUUAAAGAGAAGACCACCAGGACCUUGCCGGUUUUAGAUGAGCCUGUGGACAUCAGCAUCAGUAGAGAAUGCAUUCUCAAAUCUCUGAUGAUCUACCUUGGUGAACCUGUUGAGCACCUUUUCAAAGAAUACCAGGAUAAUGAGGUUGAAGAACUGGAGCAGACAACCAUGGCGAUCUUUAUCACUGGGAAAGAGGAUCCUCUCCAUCCACCUAAAGACAUUAAAAUUGUUGUCGAAGGAAAAGAAGUCCUGAACGAGUUGCCAUCGGUUGCAACCGCUUUUGCCAUGGUUUUUGGGCUCAUAUAUACACUAAACCUAAAAUAUCCAAAAAGGCUACAGUUCACCUUUGAAUUUGUGCAAAAGGUCCUGAUGGAGCUUGAUGGAAAAAAGAUGACCCCGAAAGUCACUAGACUGACCACCCAGCUGUACAGGGAUUAAUUGUAUAAUUGCAUAAUUGUUCAAUUUUAUUGUGUUUUUACAGCCAAGACUUUAGAUCCUUUUAAUAAAAAGGUUGCACUAACAAGGCUGCAUUUUCACUGCAGCAUUUACAAAUGUA